GAUCGUGGCAAGAGAGAAAAAGGUCCUAUAAGACCAGCCGGGCCGAACCGCCAUCUACGUGUGUGAAGCGGAACCAAGGGCGGCGGGACGUGCAACAUCUCGCCGAGUUCUGAGGCUCAAUUCAGGCCGCUUCUGCCUCUCCGACUCCUUUUCUGACCAUGGCGGCGUGUGGCAGGAGGAUCUCACGUUACCUAAGCUCCGGACUUUUGCGUGGCAUUCAAAGAUGCCAGCUCUCAUCACUCUCCAGACCUGCACACAACCAACAACAGCUGAUGGAGAGGGAAAAUGGUAGUGACUCAGAAGUUCAAGAAGAACAAAUGAGGGCAACGUUGAAGUAUCCAGAUUAUUUUAAAGUUGCCAAUUUAUUUACUGUAGAAGACCUUUUCAAAGCUCGAGUUCACCUUGGACACAAAGAGGGCUCUCUUGAUCCCUGCAUGCAUCCCUUCGUCUUUGGGUCUCGCCUUGGGCAUCUCAUCAUAGAUCUUGACCAGACAUCGCAACAUUUACGUGAAGCUCUGAAUUUCACAGCCCACAUAGCUUACCGUGGAGGAAUCAUACUUUUCGUCUGUAGGAAUCCACAAUUUCAGCAUUUGGUAGAAAACACAGCCAAAGAUUGUGGUGAGUAUGCCCACACCAGAUUUUGGCAAGGAGGAAUCCUCACGAAUUCAACCAUCCAGUUUGGAUGUGAAACUCGAUUACCAGACCUCGUAAUCUUUAUUAAUACCUUGAACAAUGUCCUCACUCAGCAUACUGCAGUCAGGGAUUCAGCAAAGAUGUUAAUUCCUACUGUUGGUAUUGUUGAUACUAAUUGUAACCCAAACCUUAUCACAUACCCUGUUCCUGGAAAUGAUGACACUCCUUCAGCUGUAAAAUUGUACUGUGAUUUGUUUAAAAAUGCAAUUUUAAGGGGAAAAGAAAAAAGAAAGGAGUUGUCAGGGUUGUAAUUUUUUUGUUGUUUUUGUUUUCAUUAUUGUAUGAUUCCCAUUGUAUGUAUCAUGUAAAUCAACAGUGUAAUAAGUUCAAAGGCAAGAAGAUUUAGCUAUAAUAUGAACAAUGAAUCUUGGCAAUUUUUCCUGUACAUAUUGUAUAAAAGAAAGUUGAUGAAA